GUCACUCAAUGUAGCUCACCUCAAUACCAAGCCGUUCUAUUUUGCUCUAAAUAAGAGGUUAUCCGAAAGUGUGUUAUAAUAUAAGUAAUCUUUAUAAAAUACGAAUUAAAAUUAAUCCCAAGAUGUCUAAACGCGCGCAAAGUGAAGCUUUUGAGGAUUUAUCGAACGUAGAGUUCGAAACGAGCGAAGAUGUCGAUGUGGUUGAUAAAUUCAAGAAUAUGAACCUUCGGGAAGAACUCAUGCGUGGAAUCUUCGCGUAUGGCUUCGAGAAACCAUCAGCAAUUCAACAAAGAGCUAUUAAACCGAUUAUAAAGGGACGAGAUGUGAUUGCUCAAGCACAAUCCGGUACAGGUAAAACAGCUACGUUUUCGAUAGCUAUACUACAAUCUUUGGAUUUUACAAUGAGAGAAACUCAAGUUUUGUGUUUAUCACCAACGAGAGAACUUGCAGUUCAAAUACAAAAAGUAAUCUUAGCAUUGGGUGAUUUUAUGAAUGUUCAAUGUCAUGCUUGUAUCGGAGGCACCAAUUUAGGUGAGGAUAUCAGGAAAUUAGAUUACGGUCAACACGUUGUUAGUGGAACCCCUGGAAGAGUUUAUGAUAUGAUUCGUCGUAGAGCUUUACGUACUCGAGCUGUUAAAAUGCUUGUGUUAGACGAAGCCGAUGAGAUGCUUAAUAAAGGAUUUAAAGAACAAAUUUACGAUGUAUACAGAUUUUUACCUCCAUCAACUCAAGUUGUACUUAUUUCUGCCACACUCCCCCACGAAAUUUUAGAGAUAACCUCAAAAUUUAUGACCGAUCCUAUUCGUAUUUUGGUAAAACGUGAUGAAUUGACUUUAGAAGGAAUAAAACAGUUCUUUGUUGCUGUUGAACGAGAAGAAUGGAAAUUUGAUACACUUUGCGAUUUGUAUGAUACUUUAACCAUCACACAAGCUGUUAUUUUUUGCAAUACAAAACGUAAGGUUGAUUGGUUAACUGAAAAAAUGCGCGAAGCUAACUUUACAGUAAGUUCAAUGCAUGGAGAUAUGCCCCAAAAGGAACGUGAUAAUAUCAUGAAGGAGUUUCGUUCUGGGCAAAGUCGAGUUUUAAUUACUACAGAUGUUUGGGCAAGAGGAAUUGAUGUCCAACAAGUUAGUUUGGUUAUUAAUUAUGAUUUACCUAAUAAUCGUGAAUUGUAUAUUCAUCGUAUUGGACGUUCAGGAAGAUUUGGGCGAAAAGGUGUCGCAAUUAAUUUCGUUAAAUCAGAUGAUAUUAGGAUAUUGAGAGAUAUUGAACAGUAUUAUUCUACACAAAUUGACGAAAUGCCCAUGAAUGUUGCAGAUCUUAUUUAGAUUUAGAUAUAUAUUAAAUAAUGUAUUUUCUAUGAUAAAAAAUUGAUUAAUGUAAAUUUCUACUUUUUGGUUAGGUUAUUCUUUUAAGUUAUGGACUCUAUCUUUUUUCAUUUUAAAUAAAUAGCUUUUUUGUUCAAAAAUAACAAAUAAAUUUAAUAGAAAAAAA